AUGAACACUCAACUAAUCGUGCUAAUUGUGUGCCUUGCUGGUUUACUAGUCUCUGCCCAGGAGGAGGUAGUCGUGCAGUCGCAGGCAGAAGCCAGGCGACCAGUGGAUUUAAAUCACUUAAGCACCGCUCAGAUACUUCGACAUCUGGUGGAGAACAGUGAGACGCUUCAGCAGAUCGACUCAAAGACACUUGGCGUCAGUAACUCCCAAAAGGGCAUUGAGCAGAAGCUAAGUCUCUUAGGACAAGAUGUUGCCGAAAUUGCACGCCUGGAGGAUAACCUCAAGAAACUGGUUCCGUGCAUCGCGGGCAAAUCUCAGUUGACGGACAACAACAUCAAAACUCUCACAUCCAGCCUCCACGACGCCGAGAACAGAACUGUCAGGGCUAUUGACACUCUUAGUCGCGGUCAACUGGAUAUCAAACAAGGACUAACCAAGGCGGAUCAAAAUCAAAAACGACACGACCUCAAUCUUGAUCAGCUGGGCAAGUCAGUGCACCAGCGUCUAAACGGACUCGACAAUCUGGUGAAGCAAAUGGUGCUCAAGGAGCUGGUCACACUGGGGCAAGCGUCAAAGAAACUAGAACAAGGACAAAAGCUCAUCGAGAGCAAGGUUGUCCAUUUGGAUGAGCUGGCCGCACUGAGCAGCAUUACAGCGAAUAAGGUGUAUCAGCUUGAGCAGGGAUUGCGUUCAAUUAAUAGCACACAACAAUACCAGCUGGCAGCCAUUGGCCAGAAUAUGCAGCAGCUGGGCGCCACCACCUGGCAGAUAGACAACAAAUUAGGAGUACUCCUCAGCACCCAGAAGAAUAUUGAACGUGCUGUGGUCGAGUGCAAGAAAUGUCAGCCACAGCACAUGGAUCGCAAUCCCCACGAGCACUGGCAGCAGCCCCAGUUCCCACAAGUUUACGAACAUAAGGACGCGCAGAAGACGCCAGUGAAGACCGAGUACGAGACCAGCUAUGCUAAUGCCGAUGAGGCUUCCUAUCUGUACCAGCUCUGGUAUGGCAAGGAUGACAAAUAGAUGAGCAUGUGGCAAAUUCAAUAAUUAAUACGACCGAAAGUUUUUAAUUGUCUUGGGGAGUGUAGUCCGGAGUGUAUAGGAGUCCGUAGGGUAUAGCAGUCCUAUACCUUAUUUUGGAAAGUCAUGCAGUCUAGUCGUCUUAGAUCAUUAAAACGAUAUUUAACAAUCAUAUCGUACAAAUAUAAACAUAAAGACAAUUUCAUUGAAAA